CGCUGACUGCGACGCUUCCGCCACCUACAUCACCCACCGCGAUUCCUUCAUCAUCCCAAAGUAUACACCGUUAACCCACGUCGCCCGUUGCUCAAGAAAACUCUAUCACACACGGCCCGCACUGUUGAUCCUUUCCCGUUCAAAUACCACAUACCCUCUGCGGUGGUACCGAGUCAGUCGGCGGCCACCGACCGUACCCAGCAGCACUCAUAUUAUUCGACCACCACUGUCUAUGCACGGGCCACUAGUUCAUAGGGUCAAUCUGACUUUUCCACCUCGCCGAAUAGCAAGACGGGACCAUGUCUACGCAGCGUGGAAAGACUGCUAGAAGGUGAAAGCGGUUCUAGGUUGGUGCUCAAUCGCCACUGAUCAAUCGAACCAGGCAUACUGCUGCUCCAGCGGCAAUAACACCCACAACCAACAUUUGCAAUGCUCCUCCCGUGCAAGCCUGGUAGUUCUCCUUCCCAGUCCAGCCCCGAACGACUCCAGUCUUGACAUAUCCAAAAAUCAGCAGCACCACUGCCAUUAGCCCAAUGCUCCACCACAAUCCGGCCAGAACAUUAUUGCGGGCAACAAUGAAAUAUGGUAUCAACGGAAUAAAGCCACCGGUGAAAUAGCUGAUACCGAGUGUAAGUGCUGAGAGAUAGGGUCGACCCGUGUCUGGCUUGGAUGCUUGGAAAUGGUUCCGCAUGAGAAAGUCUUUGAGCAGCGGAGUUGACGCUUCCAUGUGAUCUGCCACUCGUUUCGUCUCUUCUGUCGACAGUCCAAAUUGUUCGAAAUACUCCUGGACAAAGGCUCUUGCUGCUUGCGGUUCGUGCAGGAGGAGUUGAUUGCAGUUACGGUCUGUGGCGUUGAAAGAUUCACUGUCCUUGGUCAGUGUAUGCGAAAAGAAUGGAGCGAUUCACAUGUUUGGACAUACCUUUCGCUUUUGGCACCAACGUAUCCUCCGAGUCCCAUUGAUAUUGCUCCCGCAAUCAGCUCUGCGAGCCCUCCCAGGAUAACCACUCUGGUGUCUCCUAGAGCCGUCAGACCAGCGGUGAGAGCGAACGGAACAGUGAGUCCAUCAGAAAGCCCCAGAAUUGCAUCGGAGACGACCCGCGCGUUGAUGCGGAAGUCCCAAUCGGGCCAAAACCAUCUCCGACGUCGUUGCGAGCUUUUGUCUGAAAGGAAGACAGAUGCCGUCUGGUCACGUGGAUUUUCUUGGAGCGUUGACGUCCUGGAUAGAAGCGGGCGGUUGGCUUCGAGGUCUGCUGCUGUGGGAAGUGUUUGCCUUUCCUGGCCCGGUGAGUUGAAAUUUGGGACCCUCUCGGAGUGCCAUUUCUCAGGUGCCAUGCUGGUAUAUAAUCUCGUUGACCUGAACUCGCCGGCGGUGUGAGGGGACGGGACAAAAUGUGCGGCUCUUGGUGCCAAUGCUCGCUUCAGACAGGGCGUUGAAUGGUUUUCGUGAAGGACCUCGAAACAAAGACUCUCAGCUGUCUUCUUGUCUUAUAUGAUUAUGAGGAGUUGAGGAGUUGAGGAGUUGCUGUGAGUGUUACUCCUGAGGGUGAAGGAAACGGCAAAGGGCUCUAGCCAGCCAAUCAGAAAGCGCGUAAAUGUCAGCGACAGAUCUUUGUCACUUCGGAUGUCCAAGUGCAGCUGAGACCGCAACUUACAU